AUUUUCUAAUUUGCUCCUCAACCAAAAACUUAACAAAAUGGCGAAAUCACCCGAAUCUGAGCAUCCAAUUAAGGCAUUUGGUUAUGCUGCUCGAGACGUUUCUGGAGUUCUUUCUCCUCUCACUUUCUCCCGAAGGGCUACGGGUGAUAAGGACGUGAGGUUUAAAGUUUUGUAUUGUGGGAUCUGUCAUUCUGAUCUUCACUUCAGCAAGAACGAAUGGGGCUUUACUACUUAUCCUAUUACUCCUGGGCAUGAGAUCGUCGGUGUAGUGACAGAAGUAGGCAGCAAAGUUAAAAAAUUCAAAGUUGGGGACAAAGUUGGGGUUGGAUGCUUAGUGGGAUCAUGUCGCUCAUGUGAAAAUUGUGCUAAAGAUCUUGAAAACUACUGCCCACAACAGAUUCCAACUUAUGGUUUCCUACACUAUGAUGGCACACGCACCUACGGUGGGUACUCGGACCACAUGGUUUCAGACGAGCAUUUCGUGUUGCGUUGGCCUGAGAAUUUGCCACUUGAUAGUGGUGCACCCUUGUUAUGUGCUGGUAUUACAACUUACAGUCCACUCAGGCACUUUGGACUAGAUAAGCCUGGUUUGAAGAUAGGUGUAGUUGGGCUUGGGGGGCUUGGUCAUGUUGCUGUCAAGUUCGCUAAGGCUUUUGGGGCUGAAGUAACGGUCUUCAGUACCACCCCUAGUAAAAAGCAAGAAGCACUUGAAGGACUUAAAGCUGACCAUUUCAUAGUUAGCAAAGAUCAAGAGCAGAUGCAGUCUACAGCGAACUCAUUGGAUGGAAUAAUCGACACCGUCUCUGCGAGCCACCCAAUUGCACCAUUGGUCAAUGCACUUAAAACAGAUGGGAAGCUUGUUUUUGUUGGUGCAGUUUUUGAGCCAUUUGAGUUAACUGCAGUUUCUUUAUCUCCGGGGAGGAAAACGGUGGCUGGUAGUGCAAUAGGAGGGCUGAAAGAGACUCAAGAAAUGCUUGAUUUUGCAGCAAAACAUGGUAUAACUGCGGAUAUCGAGCUAAUUCCCAUUGAUUAUGUGAACACUGCCAUGGGCCGUAUGUUGAAAUCUGAUGUUAAAUACCGAUUCGUGAUCGAUGUAGCCAACUCCCUGAAAGCUCCAUAGGUGAAGUUGGUUUGGUAUAAAUUGUGUUACAUUAUUUUCAUGGCUACACCACCUAGCUUCGUGGUGUUAAUAAUUUGUAUGUUGUAAUAUAUGAAAUACUAAAUGAAAUAACUUGUAUGCUUUUAUUCA